AUGGAGAAGGUAAAUAACAACAUCACCACCAUUAGCACCAACAGUAACAACAGUCAAAACAACGGCAAUAGUAAUAACGGUGCAACAGCAAAUGGCAACAACGGUAACAGCAAUACAACUGAGAAGUCGAGUAAUCAGUCAGAUCAAUUAUCCGGCGGCUGGGAACGAGUUUCGGAAGAACUUUCUGAUUCUCAGGUACAUUCCAAAAUCCUAUGGCCAGUGCACACUGGACAGCUAUCCUAA